AUGACUUUUUCUCUACCCAGUCCUUUACCUGCGACGGUUUUCCCUCCGCUGACCAGCUUGGUCGUCACGCCCGAUUCAUCAUCACGCUCAUCAACAUCCUAUCGCGAGGAGCGUACAGUCAGAUGCUGCGAGCUGCCCCAAUCAGCCGCAGAAAACAAACCUCAAGAGCUCGCGUGCAGAUAUGCCGACUUCCUGCUGUCCUUGACUGGCGAAGAUGAGGCCAUCUUCAUACUACACCAUGCCAAUCCCAGUCCACAGCGCUCACCUGAGACCCAAGAUGCCAGUGUGGACUUACUCACCGCCAACCACGUUGUGUAUGCGACCAGGGACCAGUCACAAGAUUGCACGAUCAACGUAGUUGAACGUCCCGAACAACAAAUUGUGACCGAUUUCGCCCUGGUUUUCGGCGAGGCACAAUCAGAAGCUCUGAAGCCCUUCACAGCAAUACUAUAUCAGAACUCUCUCACCAUCAGCUUCGCAACUAAGCUCCUUCCCGUCUCAUUUGAAGAAGUCUUGGUAGGUCAACUGCUGCGCUCACUUUUCCCGAAUAUGAAAUUUGAGCAUGAGCUACCACUCUCCGUGCUCAACUACCCACCGCUCACCACUUCUUUCCGCGGAAAAAAUGCCGAGAACUCGCAUGGAUCGAAUUCACUCCAUGCUGAGUUUUUGGAAAGACUCAAGGAACAUCCUGACCGGCCGGCUCUGGACUUCCUGCGUACACUUAACUCUGACAGUCAAUCCGGUGAGCACGACAUUUACACAUACGCCGAUUUAAAUCGUUUGUCGUCGGAGCUAGCUGGCCACAUUCUUCAUCUCACCCAGUCCACCACCUUGAACUGCGGACACUUGAUUGUCCCCGCAUUCCUCUCAACCUCUCCCGAGUUAUAUAUCUGCUGGCUGGCUGUUCUGAAAGCAGACUGCGCAUUCUGCCCGCUCCCAACCGAUGCGCCUCUGCAGAGACUUCAAGGCAUCUUGGAGGAGACUUCAGCUACAGUCAUCCUUGGCAGAGGACCUGCGCCGGACUCACUCUCUUCGCUUAUCUCCUUGUCUGCAGAGCCUUCACGACAGUGGGUCGAUGUGACAGCUUUCGUCAACAGCCGCCGCCACAGGAAAGACACUGCGCUAAGUGACCCAGCUCUCGGCCUCCCACCCGUCCGGGGCGAAGACUUGGCCUAUGUGAUGUACACCAGCGGCUCGACAGGCAAGCCCAAAGGCGUGCAAAUAACCCACCAGUCCGCAGCAUGCAGUAUCUCCUCUCAUCUGCAGCACGCACCGCGGCUCAUCGACGGCAAGCCAAUAAGAUGGUUCCAGUUCGCGGCGCCGACGUUUGACCCAUCGGUAAUGGAGAUUUUCGUCACACUCUCGGUGGGCGGGACGCUGUGCUUCUGCGAGCGAAGCAUAUCCCUUACGGACCCAGAUUCAGCAAUCACAGCCCUGUCUGCGACCAUCACGAUGGCGACGCCAAGCUACGCGGCGCUCCUCCGGCCCCGCAAGGUUACCACGCUCAAGCAUCUGUGGACGAUGGGCGAGACGCUCGGCCGCAAAGUAAUCGAGAAUUUCGCAUCCGACUCAUUCACAAGCCGGGAUGCAGGAGACGUGCGCAACCUGCUCAACGCCUACGGCCCGACCGAGGGGAGUAUCAACUGCACGGUGCAGGCGAGCUUCUCGGCCCGGCAGCGCGGGUCCAUCAUCGGCGGUGCGCUGCCGACUUGCUCGAUGCUGGUACUGGACCCCGGAUCGUGUAAAACCUGCCCUGUACCGCUCGGGUUCAACGGCGAGCUCGCCAUCGGGGGCCCGCAGGUCAGCCCUGGAUACCUCAACAGGCCAGAGCAGACGGCUGCGGCGUUCGUUGAUAGUGCGACUUACGGUCGGCUAUACCGCACUGGAGACCGGGCUCGCGUCGUCCAGGACCUGGAUGGGAGCCUUGUGAUCGACUUUCUCGGCCGCAUUACUACUGAUCAGGUAAAGCUAAGUGGGCGGCGGGUGGACUUGGGCGAUAUCGAGGCAGUCAUCGCAGUUGUGCCAGACAUUGUCGAGUGUGCUGCUGUAACACACCAGCAGCGUCAGGGCGAGAAGGGGAGUGAGCAGGUCGUGGUCUGCAUUGUUCCCAGGGAAGGCUGGACCUCGGAGCAGAUUUUGAAGGACUGUCAGGGAAAGGCAGACUCGCAGCUUCCGUCGUACAUGCACCCGAAGCGAUACUUCGUAACGGAUGUUAUGCCGCGAUCCACAGCAGGCAAGAUUGACCGGAGGACAAUAUCAAAGAUUGUGGAGACGCCUGAAUACCCUGGGUUCACCGAGCUCAUACCUCCUGGCAGUAGCCUUCGAAAUAUCCCCUCCAGAUGGCGAGAAACUGAGACCGAUCCUAAAGUUUUAAGAAUCCUGGCUGACAUCAGUGGCAUUCCUGGAGAGGAGAUUAAUCCUGAUGUAAGCCUUCCUUGCAUUGGUCUUGAUAGCCUCCGUGCGGUGAAGUUUCUGCAACAGAUCCGCGUACUAGGAAUCAAUAGCCUCACCAUUAGUGACGUUCUUACAUCGGGAACCGUUGCUGAGCUGGUCAGGCUCUGCACUGGGAGCAACGCAGUGGAGACUCAACCCAGCCUGUCCAGCGAACGAGAGGCAAGGGCAGCAAAAUGGGUCGAAUUCUUGCAGGAUUACCGCAAAAAGCACCUGAAGUCAUGUAUUGAGUCACUCUCUUUGGAUGAAGAUGAGAUUGAGACUAUCUUGCCCACCACGUCGACGCAGGCUGGUACGCUCGCUAGCUUGUUGAGAAGUCAACAAUCAGCCAGCAGCGGUGAUACAGCGCCAAUGAGCUAUAUUAACCACUCCGUCUACGAGAUCACCCCUGGGCUCGACAUGCACUUCGUGUUAGAAGUGUGGAAGGAAGGAUUAACGCGAAACGAAAUGCUGCGCACUGUCUUUGUCCAAGUCGACGAGGAAGUCUCACCCUUCGCUCAGUGUGUAUUGUCGAAAUCAAGCAAGCGCGCACUAAUUGAUGUGCGAGAGCUCACUGGUGACCACUUCGAAAACACCGUGCAAAAAGCUCUCAAGGAUGCCGAGACAAGCAUUACUCUCGAGAGGCCCGGUUUCCAAAUUGCUCUUGUAUCCGCUGCCGGAAAGGCCGCCAUCGUCCUCAGCUUGGCACACUCGAUCUUCGACGGCGGGUCUCUGCAGCUCAUGGUCCAAGACAUCGAGCGUGAGUUUCGUGGGAAGAAUCCACUGCCGCGGACUUCCAUUGCCGAAGCUACCGCCAGGCACUUCCUCGCAGAUCGUGAGGCAUCCGCUGCGCACUGGCGAAAAGAGCUGGACGGCAACUCGUCCGAGCCGUUCCCGUGCCUGCUGAGCCGCGUGCCCGGCAAGGAUAAAGACCUGCCUGACCACGCUAUCGUUGUCUUUGACCUGCACAUCGACGAUCUCCGCAACAAGGCACGACAGCUAUCGUCAUCUCCGCUUGCCGUCCUUCAUGCUGCCUGGGCUCUGAUCCUGCUCGCCUAUACUGGGACCACAAGUGACGUGACUUUCGGCAGUGUCAUGUCAGACCGCCUUCAUGACGAGACAGCUCAAUGUUUGGCACCUACAUUCGUCACUGUUCCCAUGAGGGUUUCUCUCCCGCUCAUUAAUACCAGCACCCCGGCCACUGUUGCAGAGGUCACUCAGAGACUUACCAUAGCCAAUAUUGACUCCUUGAACUACCUGCACACGCCAUUGUCGUCUGUGCUGAACGCCGAGGGUGGACUUCCGUACGACACUUUGUUUGCCUUCCAGGAUUUCCCAGCUGACAAUGCUUCCGACUGUGCUAUGUACGCCAAAAUUACGUACCCGCCAAUGAAGAACGACUUCGCGGUCAUGGUGGAGGUAUGGCCAACUAAGUCCGGGAACAUUGAAUUAAAAGCUACGUAUGACCGGAAGUUCCUCGACGCGGCAGCAGCAGAUUGCAUGAUAAAGCAGUUGGACGCCGCUAUCAGGUUCAUACUUACCGCCCCAGAGGCAUCGUUCCUGGAGGGCAAGACCCAAAUGCCGGCCGAUUUGCUGUCUGGUACACGAGCGGGAUGGUCAGUAAUGGAAGACGAAGAAAUGAUUCUUCACCGACCAUUUGAAUACAAUGCUGCUGAAAAUCCAGAGGAUCUGGCACUGCUAUUCCAAUGGGACUUGGAGGACACCUCAUCAGCUCAACAAAUGACUUACCAGGAAUUGAAUCGGGCUGCAGAGGAUCUAGCCCAAGUGCUACUCUCCAAGCUUGGAACACUCGAGAACAAGAUUGUCCCGCUUUGCAUGGAGAAGUGCCCUGAGUUAUAUAUUGCUGUGCUCGGUGUUCUCAAGGCUGGCGGUGCCUGGUGUCCUGUUGACCCCUACUCGCCUCCCGCCAGACAACACGACAUCAUAAAGAGGGCCGGAGCCUCGGUGGUGCUAGUAGCUCAUGCCAUGAGCAGACUGGGCAAUGAAUCUGUUCCAGAUGGUAUCGAGACCCUCGACAUCACAUCCUGCUGGACGAAGUGGGACGUGAAGGACACAUUUGACGGCCCUGUAUUAUUUCCCAACCACGAGCCCUCCAAUAUAGCAUACCUGAUAUUCACAUCCGGCACCACUGGCCCCCCGAAGGGAGUGCCCAUCACCCACGCCGCAGCCGCAGCAUCACACAAAUCCAUUAGCGAGGCGCUAUGUCUCGACCCCCCACACAUGGCUAGCCACCCGCUCCGCUAUGUGCAAUUUUCCCAAUUCACCUUCGAUGUCUUCGUCCAGGAUCUCUUCUACACGUGGCGCUGCGGCGGGACGCUGGUCUGCGCGACACGCGAAAUCACGAUCGGGUCCUUCGCCCGCCUAGCCAACCUCACCCGCGCUACGCACUCGCACCUGACCCCCGCUUUCGCGGGGACCCUAUCCCGCAGCGACUUUGAGACCUUGCGCGUGGUCACUAUCUCAGGCGAGAAGCUGAGCCAGAGCGUCGCGGAUGAUUGGAGCGUCGACAUGGUCGCGUAUAAUACCUAUGGGCCAGCCGAGGGCGCCGUCACCUCCACUGUGCGGCAGUUUGGCACUGACGGCCCGAGGACGGAUGUCCGCAGCUCGAAUAUUGGCUGGCCUUUGCCAUCGAUGGGCGUGUACAUCAUUGAGAACGGCCGCCCUGUCAUGACGAACGCUACUGGUGAGCUGGUGCUUGCUGGUGUCCAGCUCGCUAAGGGGUACUGGUUGGCGCCGGAGACUAGUGCGUCCAAGAUGGUGUACAACGAGGCCCUUGGGCAAAAUAUCUACCACACAGGUGAUCUGUGUCGUCAGCUUGCGGAUGGCAGCUUUGACUUCGUUGGCCGGAAUGACGACUUGAUCAAGAUCGCCGGCCAGCGGGUUGAGUUGAGUGAGAUCGCGCAUGCGGUCCGCGAUAGCCAUCCUCUUAUCAACCAGAUCGAGGUUCUGUAUCCCAAGCGGCUGGAUUCCAAUGAACGUAUCCUGGUAUGCUUCGUAGCAGCCAAGGCACUCGAAACUGCUGAUCUAGCCGGGACAGUUGUACAAGAUCAACGUGCGGCAGGAAUCGCUGCGGCUGUGCUUGCACGUGCCGAGUCGCUUCUGCCCAAGCAUAUGGUGCCCGCCAUCACAUUGGUGUUGACUAAGAUUCCACGUACACCUUCUGCAAAAGUCGACCGCAAGGAACUCGUACGUCUGUUGUCGAAGGUAGACAUCCAGCAAUGGGACAACGCAUACAAGGGCAACCAAAUAACCACGGUCUCGGCAGAGGAGUUACAAUGGGUUGAGAAGAAUGGACUGCUGAUUGAAGCCGUUGCUGAGAUCACAAGAUUGCCGAGUGGUGAUAUCAAGUCUUCGAGUAGCCUCGCUGCGUUGGGCAUUGACUCUAUCAAGGCGAUUCGUCUCACAGCCAAGCUCAGGUCUGCUGGGCACAAAGUCUCGGUGCUAGACAUGUUCAAGUGUCGCAACUUGGGACAAGUUGCGACGUUGACUGUGGGCUCAGAUGCUAAGUCCACUGAGAUGACACGGGGUGACAGCCUAGAACGCGCCGAGGAUUGGGUCGCAUCACUGCUCAGCUUUCAGGAGAAGUGGUACGGACCAACCUGCCUAUACCUGCAGAAAACCCGCUUUAAGGUCGCACCCACUAGCACUUCGCAGGAAGGUAUGUUGACAGAGAGCAUGCGGCAGCCUCUUUCCUACUGGGGUGUUCAUUGCUAUGAACUUAACCCAGAGGUUGAUGUUGAGAAGUUGAAGGGCGCUUGGAACUCUACUGUCUCACAGACAGAGGCACUGCGCUCCGCGUUUGUUCCUAUCGCUGCUCUUCCAGAGGCACCAAUUGGUGAGAAGAUCAUGUCGACGUUCAUUCAAGUCAUAUACCAGAAGUCAAGUCUCUCAUGGUCAGAGGAACAUGCAGAUGAUGGCAAUAUGGCCGAAGUGAUCCGGACGAAACUGGCAAGUGUCGCUAAAGCACACCACAAUGAUGGAUACUCACAGCCUCCGUGGCAUAUCAUGCUUGUGAGCCAGGCUCAAAAGCGUUACAUGGUGUUGAGCUUCCACCAUGCGCUUUAUGAUGGCGAAUCACUAGGCUUCAUUGAGCGUGAUGUCUUGGCGGCAUAUGAUGAUCUCAAGUCCGGCAAUCGUAGAUGCCAGCUGAGCCAGGCCUUGACACGAGCCACAUUAGGUAUCAACGAGGAGGAAUCGACCGCUUUCUGGAGGCAGGAGCUGCAAGGCUUCGACAGCAUCGAAGGUGGCAGACUCAUGACCUCGAAGAAGCCCCAUCCCUCGGGCUCCAUCGUCCACAGGACACAAGAGAUACAAAUGAGCACUUCUAGCGAGGAGCUGACCCGGAUCUCAGCCAAGAUCGAUGGCCUGUCCAAAACAACGGUCUUGCGUGUUGCAUUUGGACAGAUGCUAGCUGAGAUAAUGGAAAGCCCCGACGUACUCUAUGCCGAGAUCAAGUCGGACCGCGUGCUUGAUUCGGGGCUAGAAGACGCAGUGGCUCCGCUCGUGUCUGUCAUUCCCGUGCCUUUCAGGUCGAUCGGCAGCCCGAGGGCUCUCAUCAAGACGCAGCACCGGCUUUCAAGUGAGGGCCUGCGCAACAGAUUCGUGCGUACCAGCGUGAUACGGAGUUUGACGGGCAAGUCUGUGUCCGAACCACUCUAUCCUGCCGUGUUCGUGUUCCACCCUCACUCGGGCAUGAACGAAAAUGCAACGAAGAAUCUAUGGGCCCGCAUGGAUGACUUUGUUGACAUCGCAGUUGAGCACCCUCUUGCUCUAAAUGCCUUUGAGAAGGGUGAUGGAACGACAACCCUAGCAUUCUCUGUCGACGAGACGACCAUGAGUGCAACCCAACAGGAUGUUUUCCUACGACAGAUCGAUGCCCUCGUAUCCGCACUUGUUUCUCAUCCAGAUGAAGAAGACAUUAGUAACUUGACCGAACUCUUCCCGCGGGAGCUGCAGUCCAUUUCUACCCCGCGCAAGAGCGAUGGCUGCCCUGCAAACCACAUGCCAACUGUGUGGCUCGAGGAAUACGCCCGUGAGCACCCCGAAUGGAACGCCGUCGAAGUCGCCUCUGUGAUUAAUGACGAGGGCGCCGAAACAUUAUCCUGGACUUAUGCUGAACUGGACAAGCGGUCGAAUCAAGUUGCUUCAUUCAUCUUAUCACAUGGCGUUUCUUCGAAAAUGAUCGGCAUGUGCCUCGAGAACACGCUCAUCUCGUUCGCUGUCCUCGCUGGCAUCAUGAAGUCAGGAAAUGUCUACGUGCCCAUCGAAAAGGACCUUCCGCAGGAAAGGAAGAUGUUUCUCCUACAUGAUAGUGACGCGCCUAUGCUAUUCACAUCUGGCAGUCUUUUCGACCGCACUUCAAUGCACAACGUUGAAUACAUCAUCGAUGUUGAGGAUCCGGUAUUCCUGCAAGCCCUAGAUGCGGAGCUGGAUACUCCUCUUUGCAAAGAAAUUGACCUCGACGGGAACUCCUAUCUUCUGUACACAUCCGGAUCCACGGGAAAGCCCAAGGGCGUGUGCGUGAGUCGCCGCAACCUCAGCUCCUUCUUGGAGGGCCAGAAACACCUCAUUUGCACGGAGGUACCAUCAACCCCGGGUUUGGCCGGCAAGGGCAAGUAUCUCUGUCUUGCAAGCCGAGCCUUUGAUGUACACUUGGGGGAGACAUUUCUGGCCUGGCGCCACGGCCUAUGUGCCGUUACCGCGUCGAGGACGAUGCUGCUUGACGACUUGGAGCUCGCCCUGCGGAAUCUGCAUGUCACCCAUGCUAGCUUUGUGCCUUCGCUGCUAGAUCAGACCGGGCUGCGGCCUGAGGAUGUCCCAGACCUACGCUUUCUAGGCGUUGGGGGCGAGAAGAUGACGCCGCGUACACAGUCGAUCUGGGCGGCGCCGAGUCCUGGCUCUGGGGAGGACGCGGGCCACCAAGUGUCCCUGAUCAACGCGUAUGGACCGACAGAGGCAACCAUUGGGUGUUGCUCUGGGAGGCUGUACAAGGACUCGGAAACGCAGAAUAUCGGAACUCCAGUCGGGGAUUGUGCAGCUCAUAUCUUGAUUCCCGGCGCCUUUGUUCACGUGAAGAGAGGCAUGCCGGGCGAGCUGUGCUUCACUGGCAGCUUCAUCGCCAACGGGUAUCACAACCGCCCUGACGCGACGGGCUUUGUUGAUGACUUCCAUGGGGAGAAGAUGUACCGCACUGGCGACAUUGUGGCGCUCAUGCCUGACGAUACGAUCUACUUUCUCGGCCGGAAGGAUGACCAGGUCAAGGUCCGCGGACAGCGUCUCGAGCUUGGUGAGGUAUCUGAGGCUAUUCGUGCUGCUGCAUCUGAGGCUGCUCAAUGGGAGCACGGAAAGAUUGACGUGCAGACCUUGCUGCUCAAGCACCCCGACUUCAUGCGUCAGCAACUUGUUUCUUUCGUCGCUGCGGCGGGUGCUUCCAAAAAGUUCAAGAGUGGCGAGCCGCCUCUUUUCCUCGAGGAUGAAUUUGCGCAAUGCAAUGACGCGUUGAGGCCAAUUGUCCAGCGGACACAUCCUGCCUACAUGGUCCCUGACCUGGUGGUGCCGGUUUCCUACAUGCCUUUGACUCAGACGUCUGCCAAGGCCGAUACGAAGCUCCUUAAGAGCCUUUUCUUCUCUGCCCCUGCGGCUCAGCUAUUUGGUGGACAUCACGGCCGAGCCCAGAUCGCUGACGUGGACAAUCCCAGCGUGAGACAGCUCACGCCUCAAGAGCAUACCGUCGUGGAAAUAGCCCAGAGCUUCGCCUCCACAAACCCAAACGGGCUGGUUAUCCGCCCCGACACGACCAUAUUCCAGCUCGGCAUCGACAGCCUUGGUGCGAUCAGCGUAUAUGCACGCAUGAAGAAGUUGGGAUAUGAGUGUUCCGUGGCCACUAUCCUCAGCGGCGCGACGAUCGAGCAGCUCGCCGCGCUGCCCAUGAAGCACCGCUCAAGCAAGUCGGAAGGGUCCAGCUCUGCAUCGCCUGUAUUGACCGGGACAAACACGCCCUUGACUGACCUGGGUGAGUCGAUUUUGCUCGAUACAAAGGUGCUUGCAGGUUUGGACUCGGCCAGUGUUGCAACAAUACGGCCUUGUCUCCCUCUCCAGGAAGUUCUCAUUGCACAAUCCAUGGACAGAGAGGAUGAGAAUGAUGCGCCCUACGUAAAUCACAUCACUUUUGAUCUCCCAAAGGAUAUCGAUAUCGCACGUCUCAUCAACGCCUGGGACAAAGUCAUCGCGACCAACGAGAUACUGCGCACAUGCUUCAGACACUCUGACAAAGGCUUCAUGCAAGUUGUGCUCAAACCUGAGGCCGUUCCACUCAGUUGGUGCCAAUCCAAGAAAGGUGAUCUCAAGUCACUGCAGGAAUCGCUGUCUCGUGAGAUCGUCAAGAACAUCGAGUCCCAACCGCCUAUUCGACUCGCUUGGGUGUCUCCUGAGAAUGUCCUCCUCGUGUCUUUGCACCAUGCUGUCUAUGACGGCGAGUCACUACCAAUGAUCUUGGACGACGUCAAGGCAGUUUAUCUCCAUGGCUCAGCAACGCCCCGACCAGUCAUCGGCACUCUCGUGGACUUCAUUUCGCACGAACGAGUCAAUUCAUACGAGGCCACGAAGAAAUUUUGGACCAAUCUACUUGCAGGCUGGACACCCACCGAGCUUGCCACCGGUCCCAUAUCGGUCACCGCAGACAGGGCUAAGCCCACCAUCAUUGCCCGCACUUUCGCCCGCCCCCUCAGCGCCCUGGAACAGGACUGCGCCAAGCAGUCUCUGACCCUGCCAGCCCUGCUUCAGGGCAUAUUUGGUGUUUGUCUGGCACAGUCGCGCACUCACGGCGCAGCAACCUUCGGCGCAGUCUUCUCAGGCCGCAGCGUAACUGUCGAGGGCGUGGAGCGCAUGAUGGCGCCGUGCAUUGUCACGCUACCGCAACGUGUCAACCUUCGCAAUGUUGAAAAUGUGGCUAAUGCGGUUUUUGCGUCUCAAAAAGCUGGCUUUGAAACACUCAAAUACCUGCACACUGCUACCAGGGACAUCCAGUCGUGGGUUGAAGCGGAUCAACCGCUUUUCGAUGCUAUAUACUCCUUUUCUAGGAAUUCAAAGCAAGAUGAUGGUGAGGAUGGCGAAUUUUGGAAGGAAAGGGAUAGUCAGAUGAUGUUGGACUAUGCUCUGGCUGUGGAGGCUGAGGCAGAUACCCAGCAGGGCAAGCUAGUCAUUCGCGCGGGCUUCACACCUGCAUUCGGAUCAUCGCUUCAAGCGGACACUUGGUUGGAAAAGAUCGAGGUUCUGGUUGGGUCGGUGUUGAGAGGCGAGAGCACACCUGUUGGCGAAUACCCGGAACCAAGUUCUGCUCCAGAACCAAUUACCGGCGGAGAUCCUGACGAAGGAGACUGGACGCCUUUGGAGGGCAAGAUCAGGGAGGCUGUUGCGACUUUCUGCAAAAUCUCUGCUUCGGGCAUCGCCAAAUCGACUUCUUUCAUCCACAUGGGUAUUGACUCGGUCACUGCCAUUCCCUUUUCAAGAAAACUACGUGAGAAGGAAGUCAAGGCUACGGCUUCGCAGGUGAUCCGCGCGCGAUGCAUCGGGACACUGGCACAACAAUUAGAGGCCAAGAGGACAGCCAAGGAUGAGACAGAGUCACCUGCUGAGCCAAAGGUUGCGCAGCUCCAGCUCACUGUCAACUGUAAGACAUGGUCGGAUGGAGACGAGAUUGAGACUUUGUACCCCUGCACACCUCUGCAGGCUGGCAUGCUCAGCUUAACACUUGCUGCUGACCCUCGGCUUUACUCUCAUCACCACGCUGUCAUUCUGUCCGACAAGGUUGACGCUGAGCGUCUGAGGCAAGCCUGCACGAAUCUGGCGGGGAAAAAUGAUAUCCUGCGAACGACUUUCCACUGGCAUUCUGGCGUCGAGCCGCGCUGGGUUGGUGCUGUUCACAAGAAGCCCCUGAUCCGCUGGGACGUGGUCAAGACUUCUAACGUCGGCGAAGCCCUGAACCAUUUAGACAGACAGACGAAAUUCCUUGCUCACUCCGACUUCGAGUUUCCGCCAGUCAAAAUGACACUUAUACAGGAUGGCUCAAAGGCCGUGCUCGUCAUCUCCAUGCACCAUGUCACCUACGAUGGCAUGUCUGUGCCAUUCCUAUUCGAGGAUUUGCGACGUGCAUACCUCUCGCAGCCGAGAAUCGAGCGGCCGCCGUUUUCCGAAGCAGCCCUCAGCAUUACUAAAAGCAUCAAGGCGGCAACUGAUUUUUGGACUCGCCAAAUUCAAGGAUAUCAAGGCGUCGAGAUCCCACUUAGCGACGUCGAACGCAAGAUCACCACUCUGACAGCCCAGACUCUUUCCAUCUCGUUUGACGCAUCCAAGCAUCAGCUUGUUGUCUCGGAUAUCGCACUACUGUCGUUCUCCAAGGCUCUCAGCUGCCUCCUCGGCACUCGCGACCUCGUCUUCGGCCAGGUCGUCUCAGGCCGCAACAUCGCCGUGGAGGGCGCAGAUGCCAUCUUGGGCCCAAUGUUCAAUACCAUCCCUUUUCGAAUGCGUCUUUCGCAAGCCAUUGAGUCUAAUGGUGAUGCUUUGGAGCAGAUUCGUAGGAUCUCUGAAGAAGCCAUCGAUUUCCAACAUGCAUCACUCGCCGAGGUGCAGAAAGCGUGGAGGCAGCAGGCAGGAGGCAUCGCGGCAGCAAAUUUAUUCGACAGCCUCUUUGUGUUUCAAAAGACAGGAGGUCUCGCCGGUGAAGAUGAGACUGAGCCUCUUUGGACUCCGUACGAAGGUGAAGCAGGCGAACAGGCCCCUGCAGAAUAUGCCAUGAACUUCGAAGUCGAGCAGACUGAGACGGGUGCCUUCAUCAAAACUUAUUCCAAGCUGAGCAGCGACCGUCUAGCUGCGUUCUUGGAUGAUUUCAAGUCAUCAUUCGAGGAUAUCGUCUCCAACCCGGACGGACUUGUCCUGGAUACGCCUAAGUCUCUGUCACAGGUCCCUCUCGCGCUGAUCCAUACAGCAGCAAACAGAUCCACAAGAACAACUUUUGACCAGGCUGCAACUGAACAAUACAGUUCUGUCCUCAUCCAGGCUCUCGCUGAUAUUGGCAACAUCUCUCCCGACCAGCUCACUCUCGAUAGCAGCAUCUUCUCCCUAGGCCUUGACUCAAUCAGCGCCAUCACAGUUGUAUCUGCCUGCAAGCGCAAAGGCGUGAAGCUUAGUGUCGCUGAUAUCAUCCAAGGCAUUACCAUUGGAAGGAUCUGCGAGCUAGCUCACGCCAAAGCCACCAAGCCAGCUAAGCCUGCCAGCGAAACUGUGUCCAUAGAGCCGCUCCUUGAUGAAGAUACGAAACGAGCUGCACUCUCCAAGUUAGGCCUCGAGCAAAAUGAUGUGGAGGAUGUACUACCUGUACUGUCCGGCCAAGAGUAUCAUCUUGCUGCGUGGCUCAAGUCAGGCAGGACCAUGUACGAACCGUCCUGGGUGUUCCGCACCUCACACUCAAUCGAUGAGGAUCGCCUGCGGGAGGCGUGGACCAUACUCCGGCGAGAGCAUACAAUUUUGCGGUCAAGCUUCGUAGCUGUCGGCCCAGACCGUGCCGUCCAAGUCGUCUGUGUUCCAACAACAAUCGGCAACGGCAAGCUGAACUUCUUUGUGUCCGAAGCAGGUCCAGAAGGGCUCGAGACGAGUGCUAAGAACAUUGUUCGUGGCAUCGCGGGCAGUCCAUCAGACCUUUACACGCCUCCUGUCAAGCUGCACCUCGUCCGCGGCGGGAUUGCGGGGGACGCAGUGCUAGUGACAAUACAUCAUGCAGCAUACGACGCCUGGACUAUGGUUCGCUUCGUUGGUCAACUUGAAGCCCUAUAUAUGGGCAAGCAAGUUCCCACCGCAUCACCGUUUUCUGAUUUUAUACGCCAUACCAUCUCAGAUAAAGACACUACCAACCUCGACUUUUGGCAACAGCAUCUUGACGGCGCGGAGCCAACCACCAUCACCGCAGCACGCGAGCUCGACGCCCCAAACUCCAAGAAACAGACUUUCAUCAUCGUCCACGGCACAAAAGUCGAUGCCGCCGUUCUAGAAGCUACAGCGCACAAGCACGGCGCGACGCCGCAGAGCCUGCUGGUGCUCGCAUUCGCGCGGCACCUAAGCCGCGCCACGGGGACAAGCCAGCCCAUAUUCGGCAUGUUCCAUCUGGGGCGGUCGGGCACCUUCGAGGGGAUCAACGACGUGUACGGUCCCACGAUCAACAUGCUGCCGUUCAGCGGGCCGGCCUCGGGCUCGGAUGUCGCUGCGCUGCUCACGCUGACGCAGAGUGCCAUGGCUGCGCGUGUGCCAUAUGAGCAGAGCCGGCUGAGGGAUGUUUUGGCGGCGACUGGUGCUCGGUUUAAUACAGGGUUGAAUAUUUUGUGGAAUGAUGCGCUCAUACUCACCAAGGACAAGGAGCAGGCGGCACUGUUGAGGCCGUUUGAGAUCGGCGUGCCGACAGACUACUCCUCUCCAAUUGCGAUAGAGGGUCAUACUGCUGUAGAUGAGCUGGAUACUUCUUGGCUCCCGGCAGAAAGCUUGUUUGUUGAUGUUGGACCGAACAGGCAGACAGGAUACAUUGACUUCGGAGUACGAUGUGAUGCUACAAUCUUUGAUGAGAAGCAGUUGAGAGACUUCAUGGAGGGCUUUGAGGAUGAGAUCAGAGAUGUUGUGAGGAAACUGAAUGGUUAG